AUGCAACGAAUAUCAGCUAUUCAACCAACACAAACUAUUGAAACACCAAUACAAUAUGAAGAUAAUUCAAAUGAAUCAGUUGUAUGGAUUGUUUUUGGUAAAAUGCUUUUUUUUACAUUAUUAAUGACAGUUGCACCAUUAGCAUCAUUUUUUAUUGCAAAAGAUUAUAUAUUUGAAGGUAUAUUUAAAAUAUCUAGUCGUAAUAGUUAUACAUAUUCAGCUAUUGUUGCUGUUAUUGUUGUUCAUAUUGUAUUAAUUGCAUUUUUAUUUGUGGCAUUUCGAGAAAAUAUUCCAGUUAAGAAAACAUUUAUUGAAAAAGCAAAAGAAUCAACUGGCAAAACAGACUAA